GCAAAAGUGUCGGUCGCCACUAAACUUAAUUCUCUCUGACCUAUGUCACUAUUCACUAACCCAAGUUAUUCGACCAUACUGUCUUUUCUACUUCUCCUGCCGUCCCUAUGCACCUCGCCUUACUUGUCACCCAAACCACCAUGUCUUGCGACGGUCCCCUCCUACUCACAGUGCAACCCUUAAAAGUAGAAGCCUAACAACCCAGAAAUCAACCACUUUUCUGAUUCCUUGCAUGACCUAGGUCUAUUCGAAGGAUGUUAAAUGGUUUGUUCAGGCAUCUUCACUCCGUGAACCCGGCUGCUAUUGAAACUCAGAGACAUACAACAUAGUGAUAGCAUAGCUUCAGCUUUUUAAGUCUCUCUAGCAUCGUAGACAAAUCUUAUAAAAAAAAUGGAUUGAUUAGUUUAAUCAAGAGCAAGAACAACCACUCCACAUGGCGACAAAAGCCCCGUCAAAGCUCCUACAGAGAAGCACACUUCCAACGGCUAGGAUCCAAUUAGACUGUUAGUUGACUGGAAUGGAGACAGAGAAAACUCUCGCCAUCGUUGGAGCCACAGGAAUUCGGAGAUGGUUGUGUGUGGAUGUUAGACAUGCACGACACUCACUCUCACUCACUUCGGUCGUACACCCGCAACACUUUAUACAUGUAUCUGGACAGAUGGGCCUUACUGAACUUUGAUCCCCUGCUUAUAUAUAUGGCUUUUUCAAGUGAACCUUCGUUCAACACGUGCUCAUACUUUGGUCCUGAAUUGUUUCUGCACCAAAAAAGUGUGUCCGCGCGCGCGCGAGAGAGAGACAGAGAGAGGAGACAAUGAAAGGAGCAAUAGGAGUGAGAAAAGGUGCAUGGACUGAGGAAGAGGACGUGUUGCUGAAGAAGUGCGUGGAAAAAUAUGGUGAAGGAAAUUGGCACCUAGUCCCUCACAGAGCAGGGUUGAACAGGUGCAGGAAAAGUUGCAGGUUGAGGUGGUUGAACUAUCUGAAGCCCAACAUCAAGAGAGGGGCAUUCCAAGAAGACGAGGUUGACAUGAUCAUCAGGCUUCAUAAGCUUCUUGGUAAUCGAUGGUCACUGAUUGCGGGCAGACUUCCGGGAAGAACCGCAAACGACGUGAAGAACUAUUGGAACACACGUUUGGCUGAAAAGUUCGUCUAUCACAAGCCGAAGGAAGACAGCCGGCCCGGCAAAUGCGCCACCAAAGUGAACGUCAUCAGGCCUCGACCUUGGACCUUAUCGAAGAGCUCGGCAUGGUUCAUGGGAAAAGCCACCCUGGUGGCUUCAUGGACUCCACCAGGUGAAAACCCUGGACAACCAUCCCCAGUGUUGUCUCGUCAGGACAAGGAGAGCACGUGGUGGGAAAAUCUGUUCACCAACAGCGGCCCCGACGAAGGACUCCUCACCUCAAGAAGCACCUUAGAAGGACAGCCGGACGCAAAUUCUUGGCCUCGGGAAUCCAUGGAAGAGAGACAAAAUGGUUGGAACGAGCUCUCUUUCGAUGCCGACGUUUGGGAACUUCUUGGCAAUAGUCCUCAAGCCGUUAUCUAGCUGUGGCUUACAAGCUAUUUCUACUGGGCCAAAGUUGAGUCGUUUAUGUGCUAUGUAAUUAUCUAAAAGUGUGCUAUAACUAGACCAUUUACUAAACUUGCGAUUGGUGCAUCUGACUAUAAGAAGAAGCUUGUUAUAUAA